GCUGUUGCUUUGCAAUCAAUAUGUAGGCGAUUGGAACACAGCGGGUAAGACACCGCUCAGCCCAAGGACACUGUGUCCGCUUCGUGCUUUCUAUGAAAAAAAGCAGGGUUGGCCUGAGGAUGUUGCGUCCUUGUGAUACAGCUGUGCAAAGUAAAACAAGUAAUGAAUCAGUCAUGAAUAUACCUUAGAACAAAGGAUCUGCACAUCUGGAAAUGUAGGGUUUGAUAUAUGAGCACACGUACUGCUUAUAAAAAUACCUUUUUUGUAUCUACUAAUGAUUAUGCUUUAAACCACAAAAAUGUAUUGCAUGGACCAAUUAGAAAUCGACAUGUAAUCCUGUAAUAGUAUAAAAAGCCUUCUGAUUUGUGUAUUAAACGUCUUACAUUUACAAUCCAUAUUGGAUUCUGUAAGUCCAUUUCCUCAACUUUGGGAACAGUCAGCAUGCUAACAGCGCCUAACAGCGACAUCUGGUGACCCCCGACGUGAUCAGCAAGAGACCUGAUACCCGGGAAGAGAGCUGAGCUGACUGCAAAGCGGGGAAAAAGAAAAGAAAUUCCGCGGCGGCUGCGGCCGGACGUCCGAGAGAGGCGUGAGUGGUACCACGGAUUUUCGACUCAGCGGGUGAGUCGGCUGCCUUGAGCAGGGAAAAGGCGCGGAAUGGGGAAUACGGCCCCGGGAAUAGAAAAAGCUUCUGUUGAAGCCUUGUUGAAAUUUGGACAGAAAGCUGGAGACCCGCUGGAUCGGGCUCUAGUGACAGAUUUGUUGUCUUGGGCACGCCGUAGAGGCUUACUCAAGGAAACUGCACAAGUUUUUAAAGACGAGACGUGGAAGCAUAUAGGGGAGGAAAUAUGGGAAUCUGUCCAGACUGAUAAUAAAGAAGCAAAAAGACUUGCUUCAACCUAUCGACAGAUCAGUCUCUUAGUACAAAAAAUAGGAGCGGAGGCAGAAGUUGAAGCAAUAAUUCAGACCAUCUUGAAAGACGCUAAAAAUAAAGUAACAUCGGGAUCGGGGGCGGAGACAAAAACUGCCGCGGAGACAAAAACUGAGAUAAAAACUGAGACGAAAACUGUUUGCCCUGCUACCCAAGGUCCUUACGAUUAUCUCAUUCCUGAUUGGGACCCCGAUAAGGGAGCGGGAGGUUCACAAGUCCCCGAGCCUAUGGAAGUGGGACAAGCGGUACCAUCAGCUCCGCAAAUAGAUCCUGCAACUGUCCCUCUGCCUCCUGAGGAAGAGGAGUUAAAGACUCUUUUACAUGAGCAGGCAGAUGCAAUGACUAAACUAUUGAAUGAGAUGCAACGGUUGGAUAAAGGUUCCAAAUCAAGGGUGGUUAAAGAGAGUUAUCGCAAGGCACAUAAGUCUAUUGUUGAAGGUCUGAAAAAUGUUGAGAAACAAUUAACAAAGAUUGAGUCUGGUAAUUGUGUUCACCCUGCUGCUGUUACUGAAGAGAAAAAUACAGAUGGUAAAAUGUCAGUGGAAAGGGUUCGUCAACGGGUGUUACAAAGUAUCAGAGAUGGUGAAAUGGACAUAGAGGAGGGCGAUUGGUAUUUGCGGUCUAAGUAUGGUUCAGAAGCGAGACUGUCUGCGGAGGAUAAGAGAAAGCUUGCAGAUUGGUUUGCAUUGUAUCCUCAGUAUAAAAGGAAAGAGGAUUCAGCAAGUGGAAUGGUGGAUGAUGUCUGGAAGUGGUGGAGAGGGAAAGUGAAUGAGGAAAAGUCAAAGGAGACUCCUAAACAGAGAAAUUCUGAUUACAUCCCAAAAGAUCCCAACUUUGACAUGUCAAACCGGUGGAAGGGAGUUGUAACCAAUGCUGAAAUUACUGGGGAUUUUCAGUUUACAGCUGCACCAGUAACUAUUGAUAAUAAUGGACAGAGAAACUGGCAGCCUAUAGAUUGGACCACAGUUGCCAAAAUACAGAAAGCAAUUUUAGAUUAUGGAAUAGACAAUCGACUGGUCAGAAGACAGAUGGAAACAUUUAUAAAACAUCAGACACUAAUACCCACAGACAUUAAACAUCUGUUUGAACUGAUGCUGGGACCUACGAGUUAUAUGAUGUUUGUUAACAAGUGGCAGGAAAGAUUAGAGCAGAAACAGCUUGAUAACUUGACACUGCCGCACGGAGAUCCCUUACGGGUGGCCUCCCUAGAGCAAUUGAUGGGGAACGGUCAGUACGUUGACCCACAGCGGCAAGCUGCGCUAGACUUGCGAAUUCUGGCUCAAAGCAAAGUGGCUGCCCUUGAAGCUUUCACCAGUUUGCCACAGGUCGGCACUCCAAAACAACCAUACUUGCAAAUUAAACAGAAAGAUAAUGAGUCAUUUAUGGCAUUUGUUGACAGAAUUACAGAAGGUGUUGAAAUGGCACCUGACAUUCCAGCCAACAUGAAAGAGACAUUGGUAAAAGAGAUUGCUAUGCAAAAUGCCAAUGCUGCAUGUCGGAGGUUAAUUGCCACUUUACCCCCUGCUGCUUCUUUACUGCAAAUGGUAGAGCAAUGUUCUCGAGCCCCGAUGGAAGAAGAGAAGGAAAAGGCUCGAAUUCAUGCCUCUGCAUUAGCAGCUGCAUUGUCCAAAUGCUCGCCACAAGGAAAGGGGGACAAGGGCUCAAAUCCUGUAUGUUUUAAAUGUGGACAGACGGGACAUUUUAAAAAGCAUUGUCCUACAAUUAAGGCUGUUACUAACCAAGUAUCGUCGAUGAGUUCUCCAUUCGCAGGUACCUGCAACAAGUGUGACAAGUUCGGACACAGAGCGUCAGACUGCAAAUCCCGAUUUAAGAAGGAUGGAACACCUCUUGUGCCCCAGCAGGGAAACGGGGGAGGCCGCGUGGGGGGCGCGGCUCAGACCUCAUCUUAAGCAACCGGACCCCCCACAACGGAGGCUGCCUCGACGAUCUACUCGCCGCCACCAGAGGAAGCGCUGGCCUCGAUUUGGUCUCAUACUAACUUGCCUGGAUUCUUGUCAGAAGGAAACGCGAAAGCCGAUGAGGUGGUGAGUGCUGGAGCCCAGCAAAAUGAUACUGAUGAACCUUCUGUUUCUGUCAAAUCAGCCACUCAGGCAAUUAAGCAAGCACAAGUAAGUCAUGCAUUCUUUCACCAAUCUGCAAAAAGUUUGUCUAAGGAAUUCUCUAUAUCUCUGCAAACUGCUCGUGGCAUUAUUGCCUCGUGUCCUGAUUGUGCCAAGGUCUCACCCCUACAAUCAGAAGGUACCAAUCCUAGGGGGACUGAGGCAAGAGAGUUAUUUCAAACAGACAUUACAAUUGUUCCGUCAUUUGGACGUCUAAAAUAUGUUCAUGUCACGGUAGACACCUAUAGUUCAGCCUUGUGGGCAUCUGCCAUGACAUCAUCGGGGGCAUCAGCAACGUGUCGACAUUGGAGAAUGGCAUUUGCUGUAUUAGGAAACCCCCAAACAAUUAAGACAGACAAUGGUCCAAAUUAUAAAAGCCAAAUUGUUGAAGCAUUUCUUUCAGCCUGGAAUAUCAAACAUUUAUUUGGAAUUCCUUACAAUAGUACAGGACAGGCGAUUGUUGAAAGAAAGCAUUCUGAUCUCAAACGAUAUAUUGCCAUUUUUCAAAGACAGGGGGAGUUUUCCCAUUCCCACUCCCCCCACGAUAUUCUUUCAAAGGCCAUUUAUGUUUUAAAUUGGAAACUCUGGUCACAAAAGUAGAAUCAAGAAGUCGGGUCAACCCCUAUCUUUAGACAUUUUACUCAAAACAAUCCUUUAAAAGAAACACACGUUUCUGUGCAAGUUUGGGACCCCUCAUCAGCCACCUGGAAUGGACCAUGGAGAUUAAUAACUUGGGGUCGUGGAUAUGCUUGUGUCAUUACAGAGGACGGAGAGCGGUGGUUGCCAGCCAAGUGGGUGCGACCCUGGCUACAUGCUGAAACCAAGGAAAACAAGGAGGAUGAUCAAACGGCGAUAGAAGAAAUCGCUGACUUAGAAGCUGCACACAACGUCACCAGAGACAACUGAUCUGAGCUAAAUGUUGAACAAUAUGUAUUGGUUAUCUGCUAUUGUAAUUAUUUUUGUGGUGCAGGAGAAUUUUGGGUGGGGUAGUGAAGACAACUUUUGGGUGAAUUGGGCAAAGGAGACAAAUAACCCAUCCUUUUGCUUACACUUAUCAGCAGCCACAGACCCAUUUAAAACAUGCCUGAUAGGGUUGCCAUUUGAUGAUCAACGCACUUUGGUAGCCUCCUUUUCAUCUCUCACACAUCAAGAUUGUUCUACAGCAAAAAGUAUAAGUCAUUGUAUGGCAUUAAUAGUUGCAAGCCUCAAUGACCCUUUACCAUGGGAUCCUCAAGAGUUCAACCUGUUAGGAAGUAGAAUGCCAAAUCAGUCAGGAUGUCUGAUAUUUGGCUCGUACAAUCUGACGAAUCGUCAAAUAACAGAUCUAACAUCCUAUCAUUUUCCUUAUUGGAGUACCUCUGAUUUUUGUGCUAAAGACACGGUUUAUGGUUGGAACACAAAUGGUAUGUGCCUUAACAUUACCAAAGCCUUAAGAUUGCCUAGAAAUGUGUUCCUGAUUUGUGGUAGAAGAGCGUGGCCUGGAAUCCCAAAAGAAAGUAACGGAGGGCCAUGUUACAUUGGUCACCUUUCUUUGCUAACUCCUACUUCAGAAUUUAUCCGAAAUCAUAUUGCAAGUAGUGCAACUCUAUUAAGAAAUCGUAGAAAUAUAGAAAUGUUAACCUCUGAUUGUAGUGAUGAAGUGGAACUUUGGUCUCAUACAGCAAGAGUUUUUGGAGCAUUGUUUCCUCCUAUAGGAACAGCACAUGCCUUGUCAGCCAUUCAGAGAUUAGCAUGUUGGACAGCAAAACAAGCUAAUGUUACUACUAGUGUUAUUUCUCAGCUUGCAGUAGAUCAAAAUAGUUUGCGAAAGGCUACCCUGCAAAAUAGAGCAGCUAUAGAUUACUUGCUUUUAGUACAAGGAAAAGGCUGUGAAGAGGUAGAAGGAAUGUGUUGUUUUAACUUGUCUGAUCAUAGUGAUUCAAUCCAUAAAAAGGUAGACUGGCUUCAGCAUCAUACAGAGAAAAUUACAGCGAAUCAUAACCCCUUUGAUGAUUGGCUAAUGUCAUGGGGAAUUUCAGCUUGGGCAAAAGAGUUAAUCAAAACUGUAGGAAUAGUA